AUGCUCAGGAUUCUACUCCAAGAAAUCCUAGAUGCCUAUGCAGCCUUGGAGAACGAUGAGGCGAGAAAGCAGAUGACACCGAAUUUGCCACUAAAUUUUCGGGAUGUAGUUUUAUGGAAUGGCUAGAAUCAUGAUCAUGUUGUUGUUGUUGAGUACUUAUAGAUACAUAGUGACAUCAUAAUACUGUGUAUUCCCGUUUGUUAGCAUAGAUGGAUGAAGAAGAUCCAGAUUCCUUCUUAUAGAUGCGAGUUCUGACUCAUGAUUUUUCCAUUAUUAAGAUAAGUCAUUUUGAAACCUGCAAACCUCUACAUCAUUUUCGUCUAAUCCCUGUCGCGAAACACGAAUCCCUUGGGAACGCGAAAAUCCUGAUUCCAGUGCUGCCUCUAGUCUCAAGAGCCGACUGCGUACGGUAUUUAGCUGCGAUCCUGAAUUCUCAGACUGUCACACUUGAGGAGGUGAAGUGGACCACAAGGCAUUUGGUGCGGACGGCGAAUCAUGCGGAGUUGUUAGGCGAGGGUCAGAUGGCGGAAGUGUUGGCUAUUCCAGAGUUGAUUUCCGAAAUCCACCACUUCAACACCACCGACGGCGACAUGGUCCAAACGGCCAGGAGUAUCCAUGCUUUGAAUUCGAUAUUCGAACUGCUAGAGUUGAACGAGCUGGAGCCUGAGAAGUACGUGUUCGCAAUCCAGUCUCUAGCGGAGGAGGAAGAGGAAGCCCCGAUGCCGACUCUCAUCUUCCGAACCCUGAUCCAGCUCCAGAAGCACAGCGAGUUCUUCAACGACUUCAUCACGAGCGAGAUUCUGCCGAGGCUAGUCAAAAAACCAGUCCUGUUCGCCGAGCGAAGAAACAGCCGAGCUGGUUUGACGGAAGGACUCAAAUUCUCGUUGAAGAUCAGUUUUGAGAAAAUGCCGGAUCAAAGAAUUCCAGCAAAAGUGUUGAGCAUGUUGCCGUUACACCAGUUGGAGGAUCUGAUGGCGACGUUCCCUGAGUGGAAACAGCACUUGAAGGAGUACUGCCAAACUCAGCCACUCCAUCUGAUCCCGCAUCACGUGCGGCAGUUGCUGCAUUAGAGGGUCGCGCUAUAUGAGGGAGGCAGCUGCUUGCUACGCUAGUGCUAGUUAUCUACGGUAAAUCGCGAAGUAACAGGUUCUGCUACGGCGACAGCGGAGUAUCAAUUAUGGGGUAACCGCAACAUGUGGGUUCGCUUCGGUUUUGACACUACGACAUCUGACGACAUUUUCUUGACAACCACAACAAACUUUGACCUAUGAACUGAGUGAAAGGUGCAUCCCACCUUGACCACCAUUUGAACUAUAGGUUGAAAUUUCUACGCGCAAUGUAUCGAUCCUCCACAACGAUUUUGCAAGGGGUCCUGCCGUGCCUUCCUCUGGUGUGCAACGGACU